CAGCAAGUAACAACUCAGACAGAACAAAAAAAAGGGUCAGGAAGUUUCAAAAUGGGACUCUCAAACAAGAUCUCUAGAGGAGAAGUGAAGCGUGGAGAUCACAUCUACACAUGGUGUAAGGCUUACACCUACGCUCACCACGGAAUCUAUGUUGGCGAUGGGAAAGUCGUACAUUUCACUCACGGACGUGGUCCAAAAACCGGGAUCUACGCUAGUUCAUCUCCUAAUUAUCCUCUGUGUCUGACUUGCGAAGAGCAAUCCAGAUUCGAAGGUCACAAGGUCAUUACCUCUUGUCUUGAUUGCUUUCUUGCCGGAGGAAAACUCCGCCUCUAUAGAUACAAGGUUUCUAAGUCUUCCUUAAUUGCCAAUAGAGGUGGUACUUGCACAUUAGCACCUUCAGAUCCUCCUGAGGAUGUUCUUUUCCGUGCAAACUUCCAUUUAAAGAUAGAUGGGUGCUUUGGUGAUUAUCACCUCACAGGAAACAAUUGUGAAGAUUUUGCUAUCUACUGUAAAACUGGUAUACUUGACUGCAAAAAGAAUAGCGUUGGAAUCAGUGGUCAAGUCAAUGCGGCUACUGCAGCUAUGAUUUCUCUAGCCAUUAAUAGUGUCACUGGGUUAGGUACGGUCGCAUUUAUUGUGUACUGGCGCAAUCGCGUUGCUCAUGACGUAAGUAGGAAUGCUAAUUCUAUCAAGUUCCCAGCGGAGAAGCUCGAUUCCAUAUUGAAAUCGGAUUGUAGUUCACCAAAAGAAGCCUGGUUGAGCAUCGCCGGUGCCUAGUUUGUGGGUAAAUGAUGAUUAUGAAAGCUCAAGAUGUUUGUUUCGUGUCCAGAAAGUUUCAGUUUGAAUUUUAGUUUGAACAAGUCUCUUUUAUUGAAUAAGUCUCCUUGGUUUGUGAUGGAGUUGCAGAAAUUAACCGGCGCGUGUUUUCUACUCGUUGUCGUUUUAUUUAGUUGUUAAUAAGGGAGACUAUCAUCCUAUAGUCUAGGAACCUUAACUCCCACUUUCCAAUUCCAGUAUUGUAGGAAUCAAUGAUUCCAACCUCUGUUUCUUUCCUGUAUAAAUCAAUGAAAAAGCCAAAAAGAGGCAAUAUCAAUUGCCC